ACACUGUCCUAUAGAACUGAUCUUCUGUACUCCAUAUAUCACACUAUUUCAUCAUGAACGCUCUGGCUGAUGUCACUGUUCCUACUCCUGGAUUCGGGGCCAUGGGCCUCAGUUUUGGCUUGGGGUCGAACCUCAGCCUGGAAGAAGCUGAACCGGUCUUACUGAAAGCAAUUGAACUAGGCUGUACCUUCUGGGACACUGCGGUACUGUAUCAAGCAGGCGUGAAUGAACAGCUCCUGGGAGAUUUUAUCAAAAAGCACAAUUUGCGUGAGAAGGUAUUCGUCGCGUCAAAAUGCGGUUUCGACUCUAAAUUUCAACUCACCAAUUCUCCCGCCCAUAUCAGAGAAUAUAUACAAGGAACCAUUACCAGACUUGGGUUCACCCCUGAUCUAUACUACCUGCAUCGUAUAGAUCCGAAUACACCCCUCGAAGAAUCGAUUCCCGUGUUAGAUGAGAUUCGACGGGCUGGACUAACAAAAUAUAUUGGCCUGUGCGAAUGUUCAGCCAGCACGUUACGUAAAGCCAAUUCAAUCGCUCGGAUCGACGCCGUGCAGGCUGAAUACUCUGCUUCCGAGACGUUGCAUGAACGAGACGGCCUCAUCGACACCGCCAGAGAAUUGAAUAUCGCGUACGUAGCAUAUGGUCCUCUUGGGCAUGGAUGGCUGGUCGAUUCCUUUCCCUAUGCCUCACCGGAUGAUUUUCCUCUAGAUGAUGUGCGACGAAAGUCCCCCAAAUUCCAAGGAGAAAACUUCUACAAGAAUCGGGCCAUUGUGGAGGAACUCAAAAGGCUGGCUGCAAGGAAAAAAUGCACUGUUGCCCAGAUCGCUCUGGCUUGGGUGGCUGCGCAGGAGAUGAUUGCAAUUCCGGGAACCACAAAAGCAUCUCGAUUGGAAGAGAAUUGGAAGUCAAGAGAGGUCCAUCUGACAGAUGAGGAAAAGUUGGAAAUCAGGAGAGUGAUUGAUGAGAACCGGCCGUUUGGAAAUCGGUAAAUUCCUGAGAAUGAGGUGCUUUCAGGAAAUUGAUGUAUAGCUUGAAAAAAGUGAGGGUUUCAUCAAAGAUUGAGUUAGGCUUUGACAUACGGCCCAAGAAUUAGUCUAUGGAUGAUAAGUAUACUGUUGCUUGGAAUAUAGCACUUUAUGAACCUCUAACCAGCUUGCUUCACUUAUGACUCGCAUCCUAGAAAAACAAUCAAUUUCUGGGCCU